GAGAGAGUGUGAGAGCAACAGCACAAAAACAUCAACAGCAGCAGCAGCGCAGAUUGUAGCGCUCUCCAAUCGAGAAUAAUAAGCUAUUUCCAAGAUGGGUGCCGAUGCGGAGAAUGGCAAAAAGAUUUUCGUUCAGAAAUGCGCUCAGUGCCACACAUAUGAAGGUGGUAAGCACAAGCAGGGUCCCAGUUUGGCUGGAGUUGUUGGCCGCAAGUGUGGCACAACCGCUGGCUACAAAUAUACCGAUGCUAAUAUGAAAAGGGCCGUCGUCUGGACUGAAGGCAACCUCGAUGAGUAUCUAAAGGAUCCAAAGAAAUAUAUACCUGGUACUAAGAUGGUUUUUCCCGGGCUCAAGAAAGCUGAAGAUCGCGCUGAUUUGAUUGCAUUCCUCAAACAAAAUAAAUAACUAAAUUAACACAACAUACUUUGGAAAACAAUAUA